UGGAAUAUAUUCUCUCCCCACAGAGCAUUGAUAACUGUAGCCAUUGACGUAGUUUGGUGAUGAUAACUCAUUGUAGGCAAUCUGUUGGUUUCUUUCAGAUUGCACAGUAGGCAUAUGUUCCACCGUUUACUUUCCACCUUUGAAAGUGGACAGCAUUGAGAAGUGAGACCUUUGUGAGGCCAAUUUGAGACCUAUGAUCUUUGAGGGGCCUGAGGAGACCCCUCUACAGGAGGGGAAAGGAUGACUGUGGAAAAGAUGUUGCCCCCCUCUUCCAAAUCCAGCAUGUCCUUACAUCUGACAGUAAUCCAGCUAUUAUUCACCUACCCUGCCUUCUGAUUAGACUACAUAAAGGAGCUAUACAUAUUGGCUAUGACCUUUGACAUGUCACCCUUUUCUAUGAUGAUAUGGGCCAAGCUAAGCAGGAGACUUCAAAUCUCCUCUACGCACAUAUUUGACGGCUUUGUUACGAUGGUUAAAAACCCCCCACUGUUUUGGCUUUUCGUGAUAUAAAAAGAGCUGAUGGACCACUGAUCAACAGUCAUCACAGGUGAGCGCAACUGAAGUCCACUCUCAAUUACCUUCGCAAGGCCGUUAGGACUAAGAUAAUAUAGUAGGAAUCAUGAUCUCCAUAUACUCUGUUAUAUUCACAUUGGUGCUGUUCUCUGAGUUUAAUACCCGCUCGGCCGUCUUUGCUGUACAGACAGGCAAGCUGGACGAGGGUAGGACAGAGCAGGAGAGCCUGCGAUCGAUACUAGGUGAAGACAUGAUGAGCGACAAUGCUCUGGCUGCCCCGAGGUUCAGACGGGACCUCAUCCUGGACAACGGACUGGACGACGGCAACACAAAGAUCAUCAUUCUUUCAGACAUUGGACUGAAAGGGCACACCAGACGUGGCAUGAACACAGCUUUCUCCCGAGCCCUUCCUGUCCUGCCCGACCAAGCCACAGAUCACUCUCCUGCUGAAUAUAGCCUGAAAGUAGAGCGCAGGGAGGCCGACCUUGAGAGUAAGUAUCGACCAGCGACUUCCUUUUAUUUUUUCCUUCUAUGGUUCCUGUAUACGUUCAAUCGUAGGCAUUAGAAAGAUCACCGUCAUUCAGCAUUUCAAAUGGGUGACUUGAUGACACGAUACCGGCAUUAAAACCAUCAAUGAGGGUGUUGACACUUUUCACCAUGAUAUUCCAUUCAUUACUUGGAACAAGAGUUUUAUCAGCUGGACUUCUGACAUUUCAGACAUAUAAAAGCAUCAAACUGAAGACUGUUGAAGGUUAUGACAUUAAUAUUAAAAACAGUUUAAUGCUUAAAUUAUUAUUAUUUUUUUAAUCACUGCAAUUCUGCCAAUUUUAUUCCCUCCAGUGCUGCGAUGCAUGAUAGGACGAGUGUAUCGACCCUGUUCGCAAGCAUAAGAGUGUGGUGGAUCCUACACUGCUGCCCUGCCUUCUGUCAAUCUCCUGCAAAAACAAAUACGCUUUCCUUAUGUGUUCCUUACAUCUGUGGCAUGGUUCUAAAACACAAACCAUGUAUAAAACGACUAUUAAAAAUGUUUUGAGAAACCUGAAAACAAUUGUGCGUGUCAAUUCU